GAAAUAAAAUAUCUAAGGGCAUGAUAAAUCGCGUAAAGGGUGGAGGGUCAAACUGCGAACAAACCUCUUCCUGCGGCCGCUCCUCUUACUCCUAGGUUUUCUUCUUCUUUCUUCUACACAAGAAUCCCGGCUUCUACUGCUUUUAUCGGAAGCCCAAGCCCAUGGCGGCGGAGUCUUCAAGAUCGAGCCCAUCGGCUGACUCCUACAUCGGAAGUCUCAUUACCCUCACGUCUAAGAGCGAGAUUAGAUACGAGGGUAUCCUGUACAACAUCAAUACCGAAGAAUCCAGUAUCGGAUUGCGUAACGUUCGAUCAUUUGGAACUGAAGGAAGAAAGAAGGAUGGUUCACAAGUUCCUGCUAGUGAUAAAAUAUAUGAAUACAUACUUUUCCGUGGAAGUGACAUUAAGGAUUUACAGGUCAAGGCCUCACCACCUGUUCAAACUACACCUGCUCACAAUGAUCCUGCAAUUAUUCAGUCUCACUAUCCUCGUCCCCAAGCUGCACCUUCAAGUUUGCCUCCUCUUGGAACUGGAGCCACACCUGAGCUUAGUUCCCACUCAGGGCAAGUGGGACUUCAGCAUCCAACCUUCCAAGGAAGCUUGCCUCAAUAUCCAACGGGUGGAAACUUAGGGACUUGGGGCCCCACACCGCCUCCACCAAAUGCAAAUGGUUCUGGGCUUGCAGUACCACCAAUGUUUUGGCAAGGAUACUAUGCGCCCUCAGGAGGGAUUCCUCAUCUACAGCAACCUUCUCUAAUGCGGCCACUUCCCGGGCUAGCUAUGCCUCCAAUGCAGCAGACUCUGCAAUUUCAGGGUAUGAAUGCCCCAUUAUCUUCUGGGACGCCAAGUUAUCCUGAAUUCUCUCCUUUGUUCUCAACUGUUAACAGCAACAUGAGUUUAAACUCGACUGCUCUACCAUCAACAUUACCUUCCUUCCAAGCUACAUCAUUUUCUACUGAGAUGUCACAAAGUUCUGUUUCAAUUAAGGGCCCUGUAACUACAGUUCUUUCGGUGACCCCAAGUGGAAACUUGCCGGCAGUGUCACAAAGUUCGGUUUCAGUUAAGGGUCCCAUAACUUCUCUUCCUUCUGUGACCCCAAGUGGAAGCUUGCCAUCUGUGUCCCCAUUAACUCCAAACAUGGAUAAUUUCAUAUCCGUGUCACAAAAUAUACCGCCUGUUGUUAGUGGAAAGUCUAGGAUUAGUUCUAUUACCUCUAUGGCUCAUCAGACUGAAACUCAGUCUAUUCCAUUGAGUCUGGGUUCAUCCAGUUCAAACCAAGCUGAAACAUCUACUAAGUUGGUGACCCCUGGUCAGCUAAUGCAGCCUAAUCCUUCUGUGCUGCCUUCCUCACAAACAUUAGAGAAGACCUUGAAAGUGGUGGAGAUUAAACCACACGAAGAUAAGAGUAAACCACUGUUACCUGAACCUGUAGCGCUACAACGAGAAACUAAUAAGGCUAGGCUUCCUUCUGUAGCAAAGGAGUCGAUCCUGCCACUACCUACCCCUGCUUAUCAUAAGCCUAAUGGAGCCAUUUCAGUCGGUUAUGAAAGCAACAGGGGGCGUGGAAGAGGAAGAGGAAGUGGGUAUCCACGCCCGCAGGCCACCACGUUCACUGAAGACUUUGAUUUCACAGCAAUGAAUGAAAAGUUCAACAAGGAUGAAGUUUGGGGCCAUCUGGGCAAAAGCAGACCCCACUCAAGCAACAUUGAAGAAGAUGAUGAAGCUUAUGGCUUCGAGGAAGAAAAUCGACAGUCUGUAGAAUUUGAUGUCAAGCCCGUUUAUGUGAAGGAUGAUUUCUUCGAUUCCCUUUCUUCCAAUAGCAAUGACCAAACGAGCAAUGGGAGGAUAAAGUUUUCCGAACAGCUGAAGAUUGACACCGAGACUUUUGGUAAUUUUUCGAGACCUCGAUCUGCAUAUAGAGGAGGACGAGGUGUUCGUGGAGGCCGAGGCCGGGGCUCUUACUAUGGUCGGGGCUAUGGCUACUCCGGAAGGGGAAGGGGUUAUCCUGGCACAAGCCGAGACUCUUAGCAACUUGUUGUUCUUCCUAAUAUUAUUAUUACUGGGAGAUGGCGAAAACACUGAAAAGUUGUUAGUCUGAAAUAACAUAAUUAGCCAGGGCUAUUUCACGAGAAAAAGCUCUGGUGGUAUGCAUGUGUUUAUGUUUGCUUAUAGGGCAAAAUAUGGUCUCUCUUCUGAUAUCCUGCAUUUCUCCUGCAAAUGUGGUAUUGUUGGUGGAAUUUGUCUCCUUCAAAUGGUAAUAUAUUUGGAUUGGUAUUUGUAGUUUAUUUUCUUUUGCUUUCUAGUUGCAUGUUUUGUUUGCUGAAAAAA